AGAAAUACUGUUUAAUUUUCCUGUGUUAUGACCAUUGAUUUAGCUGUGCUGUAUAUGAUCAGGCUUGGUCUGUUUGCAGAAGGACAGCGAGAGAGGAGGCAGGCGAUAAGAAACUGUAGGAUAAAGGUGAGGUUUCAUAUAGACAUAAAGUACAGACAGAGGAACGCUUUUACUCACUCCAACGCAGUACAGAGAAUGAAGCUCCUCAUAUUGGCUGUUGUUCUGGUGCUGGUCGUGACAGGCGGCUCGGCCCUGGACUGCCUUCACUGCGUGCCAGAAAAAGCAGGAGGGGCCUGCAAGAUCACCACCGUAACCUGCCCACCGGACAAAGAUGCAUGUGCUGCUGCCAAGUUCCGCAGAAGCCCAUACGGUCAUUACCAGAAGUGCAUGUCCAUGUCAGGCUGUGAGAUGGUGAAACAGAACGCUUACAUCAACAUCAAGUGCUGUCAGAAGGACUUCUGCAACACCUUUGACUGAUCUGAUCUGCUGCUGCUAUAUAUCAGCAUGAUUUAGAAAACAGCUUUCAAUAAAAUACAGUAUAUAUGAAUCAAGUUACAUAUGUUUAUGCAUGUUUUUGGUUGAAUAUAUAUGAAGAGUUCAGAUGCAAAACCAGCUAAAAGCCAUCUCGGUCAAAAAUGAGAUAAUGAUACUGAGUGAAUGCUCUUGACACACAUUAUACAUCCAUCAAAUACCUUUUCUUCAAACUCGCUAAAAUACCAGCCUCAGCCCAAUCAGAAGUACCGGUACUUACAUAGAAACCUAUACAUCUUAGCCUGAUAAAAAUGCAUUUUGUAAAGAAAGAUGUCAGAUGGAUUUAGCUGGUUUUGCAUCUGAACUCUUCAUAUAAAAAGACAAUAUUUCCACAUUAAAAUUCUUAUUUGUGCAAUGUUACAAAAACAGUAUGUUUCAAGGUGGUUGUUAUUAAAUUAAAUGAAGUAUGCUAGCA